ACUCAUCAGCCACUCUCUCUCAGUCAAUCAUCACCACCACCGAUCCGAUCUCUUCCUCUCGCAGACGACAGCCAAACGAAGAACAGAAUUCUGUCCAAAACUGUGAUUAGCGCACCCUAUCCCGGCAACCAAACACCGGGAAGAUGUCUUCGUCCUCUUUCAGCGGCGACGAAACCGCCCCCUUCUUCGGCUUCCUCGGGGCCGCCGCGGCUCUCGUCUUCUCAUGCAUGGGCGCGGCGUACGGGACGGCGAAGAGCGGAGUGGGCGUGGCGUCCAUGGGAGUGAUGCGGCCGGAGCUGGUAAUGAAGUCAAUUGUACCGGUGGUUAUGGCCGGAGUGUUGGGGAUCUACGGGCUGAUCAUAGCGGUGAUUAUCAGCACUGGAAUAAACCCCAAGGCCAAGUCGUAUUAUCUCUUUGAUGGCUACGCGCACUUGUCGUCAGGGCUUGCUUGUGGCCUCGCUGGCCUCUCAGCCGGCAUGGCCAUUGGGAUCGUUGGUGACGCCGGAGUCCGGGCUAAUGCGCAGCAGCCGAAGCUGUUUGUGGGCAUGAUUCUGAUCCUCAUCUUUGCUGAAGCACUUGCUCUCUAUGGUCUCAUUGUGGGGAUCAUCCUUUCAUCCCGAGCAGGCCAAUCUCGCGCAGAUUAAAGGAGGCCAUGUUUCUUGAUUUUUUUGCUUCUCUGUAUUAAAAUUUAACUGAAACGAGUUUGUUCGGACAGUACUUUAUGAGCGUAGUUGUGACGAUACAUUGUUAAAUAAGAACGGAUUACUACCAUUACAAUUCGGCAGUA